ACUCCACUCGCAAGUAUCGCGGACGCGCAAACGACCAUGCGAAAAUAUUGCAACCACAAAUCUGGAACUUUUUACACAAACGGUUAAGGAAUCUAACCAUAAACAUCACAUCUUUCGGAAUUAAUAAUAAAAUACCCAGUCAAAAACGCAGCCUUUGUUGGAAAUCGCCACUUAACAGUCAAAAUUCUAUUCAGGAUCGGAGUCCGCGCAUACGAUAUCUUCAAAACACUUUGGAUUAUACCAUUUUCUAUAUAGCAACUGCAAUAGAACCAGCAAGAAGCCCAUUUAAAAAAAUCAAACAAUAGAAUCGAAUCACACACAGUUGUCAGCAGAUUAAAACUUGUUAGUGUUAAAACGUUUAAGCAAAACAUUUGCCAGUUUUUGUUUAAGUUUUUCUUUAUUUGCUACAUUUAAUAACGACGGUAAUUUUUUUAUAAUAUUCUCUACUAUGGUUAAGUGUUCAAGCCAAUUACGCUUUUAAUUUUAACCACUAAUUUUAAAAUAUAAAAUCGAAUCGAACGAACGCAGUCAAAACGGCAUAAAACUUGUGCUAAAUCGGGAACAAAGUAUCUAUGGCCACGCGUUGCAAACUCUAAAAGCGUACGCAAAAUGCAGCGACAUGUCUGGAAAUGCAUUAAAAUCAAAUACAAAAUCUAUAAAUAUUUAACAAGUGAAACAAACACAACCUAAAAAAGUCAAAACCAAAUCAACCAAAAGAAGAAAAACACAGAUUUAGUAUAUAUUUUCAAGAGAGUAAACAACUAAAAGUGCAUACUUAGUGUUCAGUGACAAACUAUGAUCAUCAAGUGAGGCGAACUAAAAACAAUUUGAAUUAUAUAAUUAACCAGUUAGAGCAAUCUACGUUUUGCCACCAGCGACUGUGUUCGCCCACAUUCGCAAUUUUGGAUCGCCCCAAUAAAAACCACGAAACGUAGUCGGCCGAGACUUUCCAAAAUUCGUAAUUGCUGAAGGAAAUUUAAUCAAAAUUAGCCAAGAUUGCCAGCCUGCCUGCAAGCUUUACGUAACCCACAGAGCCAGGGAAAGUGCAUCCGAAGCUUUUGCAGCGGCUCUGGAUCGCCGAUCGAGGCUUCAAAGCUCCACGCGGGGUAUACGCCCCAUCCGAAAGAAAACAGCAAGAAAAAAAAACACGAAACGCAGCAGAGGCAAGAGAACUGAGAGUGCAACUGCAUCGGCCGAUCGACCGACGAUCGGGAAAGCCGAGCGCUCGUAACUUGUUCUCCGAGCCUUCGUGCACUUCCUGUGCCGCGCUGCUCUGAUCGACGAUCUGCAGCCACAGCCCCCAGCAACAGGCGAUCAGUUGGCUGGCGAAUGCACCGCUGAUUGCAAUUACUGCAGAGCUGCAUUCCUGCUCAGAAAGAGAGCCACGAUCGGACUGGAUCGGUGUGAUCUACUGUACUCUCCGUCGAGCAUCGCACUACGCACAUUGCACACUACACUCUGCAUACUGCAUACUGCACACUGCACAUCUCGGUAUCUCUAUAUCUCCGCCACUCUCGAUUCUUCGGAUCGCAACGCAACGUGUCGAAAAAGCGCGAAAGUGGCAAUUAAUUUGCAACAAACACCCAUUGUAGUCGAUAAGUGCGGUCAAGCGAAUCUAUAACUAAUCUCCAGUGAAGUUCUUGAAUAGUGCAAAAACGUAACUGAAAACACACAUUCGCAUUAAUUCGCAUAAAUAUAGCUUAGCACAUUUUCGGAUUAAAUAUCUACAGCACCCAUUGGAUACAUCAUCAUCACCAUCGUCAUCAUCAUCGCCAUCAGCUGCAACAGCACCCCUUACUUGGAUACGCAGCGCCUGAGAUAUUCUCCACUCGGAAGUUGCAGCAACAAUUCGCUCGAAAAUGGCGGAAGGUAAUGGCGAACUGUUAGAUGACAUUAACCAGAAAGCCGAUGACCGUGGCGAUGGCGAGCGUACAGAGGACUAUCCCAAGCUACUGGAAUACGGUCUUGACAAGAAGGUCGCCGGCAAACUGGAUGAGAUCUACAAAACCGGCAAGUUGGCUCACGCCGAGCUGGACGAGCGCGCCCUGGACGCGCUCAAGGAGUUUCCCGUCGAUGGUGCCUUGAAUGUGUUGGGACAGUUCCUGGAAUCGAACCUGGAGCACGUGUCAAACAAGUCCGCCUACCUAUGUGGCGUGAUGAAGACGUACCGCCAGAAGAGUCGAGCCAGCCAGCAGGGCGUGGCCGCGCCCGCAGCUGUCAAAGGUCCUGACGAGGACAAGAUCAAGAAAAUCCUCGAGCGCACCGGCUACACAUUAGAUGUGACGACAGGUCAGCGUAAAUACGGAGGACCGCCUCCGCAUUGGGAGGGUAAUGUGCCAGGCAACGGUUGCGAGGUUUUCUGCGGCAAGAUACCCAAGGACAUGUACGAGGACGAACUGAUUCCGCUCUUCGAGAACUGCGGCAUUAUCUGGGACCUACGCCUCAUGAUGGACCCGAUGACGGGCACAAAUCGUGGUUAUGCAUUUGUCACAUUCACAAAUCGCGAAGCGGCCGUCAAUGCAGUGCGACAGCUCGAUAAUCACGAAAUAAAACCCGGCAAGUGUCUAAAAAUAAAUAUAAGCGUACCGAAUCUGCGCCUUUUCGUAGGCAAUAUUCCCAAGUCAAAGGGCAAAGAUGAAAUUUUAGAGGAAUUUGGUAAACUUACAGCUGGCCUAUACGAGGUAAUCAUAUACAGUUCGCCAGAUGAUAAGAAAAAGAAUCGCGGUUUUUGCUUUCUUGAAUACGAGUCACACAAGGCGGCAUCUUUGGCCAAACGAAGACUUGGCACAGGAAGAAUUAAGGUUUGGGGAUGUGAUAUAAUAGUCGACUGGGCCGAUCCACAGGAGGAGCCGGAUGAGCAAACUAUGUCCAAAGUUAAAGUUCUUUAUGUGCGAAAUCUUACCCAGGACGUCUCAGAGGAUAAACUAAAGGAACAAUUUGAGCAAUACGGAAAGGUGGAACGCGUUAAGAAAAUCAAAGACUAUGCCUUUAUACACUUUGAGGAUCGUGAUAGCGCCGUCGAAGCUAUGCGUGGCCUUAAUGGCAAGGAGAUCGGCGCCUCGAAUAUUGAGGUCUCUCUAGCCAAACCUCCUUCAGACAAAAAGAAAAAGGAGGAAAUUCUGCGUGCUCGCGAGCGCCGAAUGAUGCAAAUGAUGCAAACGCGUCCCGGGAUCGUGGGAUUUGAAACCUUGUCUCCAUACAGAAACCUGUCGCCGACACAUCCUAGCAUGAUGUCCUUGACGCCCAUGCGCCUCCAAGGGGCGCGCAUGCCGCUGCGUACGCCGAUACCCCGCGAAUACGACUACGAUUACGACUAUUUCGGGUUCUCGGACUACCGCCAAGGGCUCUUUGCCAAUGAGUCCUACUACGAGGACCUGUACCGCUCGUAUGAUGGGGAUUACAACUACUAUGAUUACCCGAACGGUGGAGGAGGGGGCAGCGGGGGAGGAGGGAGUGUGUCCGGCGGUACGGUGGUUCCGCUCUCGGCCGGCGGCUCCCAGAAUUCACCGCUGGCUAGUGGACAGCGAUCGGCCAGAGGAUCGGCCAGUGGUCCCAGUGGUUCCUCGAGCAUUAUGGGAGUUGGUCGUGGGCAUGGAAUCACAGUGCCGCGUGGCAGAGUCGUUGGCCAACGUGGCAGCAUCAGUCGUCUGGGGGCCCAAACAGCGCCACAGGCGGCGGCAGCGGCAGCGGCGGCGGGACAGGCGGCGGCGGCGGUAGCUCAGCGGGGGGCCACCGGUCAGGGGGCGCCGGCAGCAACCGGGGGGGUCCGUGGGGUGGUGCCAACGCGUCCCAGCGCUCGUGGCACCCAGCACGUCAAGCCGCUACAAAAUUUACCAGUAGUCGGUAAACGUAAGUUCGAUGGAGGUCACCAAAAUCCGGCAGAUGUUAAGCGACGUUACCCGAGCGGUUUAAUAGGAAAUGGCGGCAGUUGGGGCAGUUUACCGCUACCACAGCAACCUUUAGGCACCAAUGGUGAACAGUGGUACAUGGAUACGUUUUCGGCAUGGAGUUAAAACCACACAGCAACCCAAUUCAAUCAAUAAAAGCAUCAUUAACGACAACAACAACAACAACAAAAGCAACCACACAAGGAAGUUACAGCCACAAAAAUAUAUAACAACUUUCUCCGAGCGACAUCCUGGAGAAGAAUCGAAUCCUUCGCGUCAUAGUAAAGCACAUAGCAACCGUUCUUAAGAACAAUAAGUUUAAUUUUCAAAAACAAAAUAAGGUAUAGGAACCGCAAUUAGCCACAAUUCAAAAACAUUGUUAAAGAGACUCCUUUCGAACUUAGUUCUUUUGCUAUGAACGCCGUAGAUUUCGUCCCUCAAAAUAACCAUAAAUAAAUGAUGAAACAAGAAAUCAGCAAUAGCAGAACAAAUAUGUCGAGUAGAGUAUAUGUAUUGUAUGUAAUCACUAAAUAGCCAUUGCAGCAGAGCAUUUUAAACGAAAUCCUUUCAUUUAGCGAAACCACAGUUUAGCAGAUUCUCCCAAGACAUUUUUAAAAAGCGUCAGCCUCACAACUUGGAUAAACCAAAGUCGAGUCGUUUUAAAAGUUCACAAGUGUAUAAUGAAAUUUGUCUCAUAGCGUUUUUAACUCGAAAUUGAAACAAUAAUUGAGCAUAUAUAGCAAAACCUAUACAAAAAUUUCAAAGUAUAAAAUAUAUUUAUCUAUAACUAUAUAGAGAGAGCAGUCUAAGCCAGUACAGAUUGAUUUUAAAUCUUAAGCAGCAUGUAGCACCCUUUUAUACAUUGAAAAAACACAAAAGCAGGCAAAUUCAAAAUCAAUUCGACUCGAAGACAUUUUACUACAUUUAAAUGCGUACUGGAAAAUUGCGAGCGCUGAAGCUAGAUACAUAUGAAAAACAUAUAUUGACAAACAUAUAUACACGAGAUCAGGCUCAGAUGCAAGUUGAAAAGCAAAGCUUAGUGAGGAACAUUGACUGACAAAAGUAAACAAAAAAAAAAAAAUUAUUAAUUAGAUGGAAUACGAAGAGUUGAGAUGAGAACGAUAAGCAAAUACAAAAAUUAAAACGCAGCCAGCAUUGUUAUAUAAUGCGACUGGCGACGGCAACUGGCAAGACUUUCUGCAUAAAUUUGAAAACCGACUAUUUUUUAACAACGUAAAUUUUAGGCAACUUAAAAUCAAUUAUCUGUCGCAAGUAAACAAAAAAUAUGUAGAGCUAAGUAAUUGCGCACAUACAAAACUACACCUAAACUCACUGAUAAUACAGAUAGGCAGAUCAAAAUCGCAAAUCAACACUAUGUCUAAUGUGACUAAUGUCUGCGAAUCGAAGCAACGAAUUAGAAAGAAAACCGAACACAGACGCGGAGUCAACACAUCACGAACCAGUAAAAUAACAAACCUAAAGUAAAUUGAUUAUAAAUUUUUAUAACACUAACGCAUACUUAAUAUGAGAACUAAACUUAAUAUGAGAACUAUAACUAUAAAAUCAAUUAGCCAACGCUCAAGUGCGAAUUAGCAGAAGACCUAAAACCCUAGAAACACUAAAACACAGCUAGGAAUUCUAUUAAAGUCCUCUUAUCUAAUAUCAAAUUCAGAUUAAACUGUUUUCCCACUUUCCUUUACUCAUCUAUAACUGCUACGCACACAAAUAACACUAAAGAGAACCCAGCCCUAAGAUAAACUAAAAUUUAUCAAGCUGAAUUGUUUAAGCAAACUUAAACUAGCUCCAUGCCUACAAAAAUUAAUGCCACACACGUGUCAAAAUGCGUUUAUAUACUCGUAUAGGGAAAAUUAUUGAAACAAACUUGCCCGUUUUCUGUUCUAUUUUGCAAAAUUUCGAUAACAAAAUUGUUUGGUUGAACGAAGAACCCUGUCGUUUACGUUUCCGCUAUUGCUAGAUCUCAAGUAAAGCAAAAAGUUAAUUAAUAUAAAUAAAUGUAAAAAACAAAAAUAUAUAAAUUAGUUUUAAACCUAACGAAAGAAUACUUCCAAUUUUGAACUCAAGUAUAAAGCAAAAUACAAACUGUUGGCAGUUGAUGAAGACGCGUGUGUUUUAAAACGUAUCUAUGAACAUUGUUCAGCAUAAGCCUAAAACAAUAACUUUUUUAAAUUUAAAUUACACAUACACAGACACACACACACACACCAAACAGUUGCCUAAAGUAAAAAAUAAAACAAAUCGAAAUAAUGAUGAAUUAAAACUUGCGCAAAAUUUGCCAACCAGCAAAGAACUUUAAAUUCAUAAUAUUAGCCGCAAACAAUAAGAGAAUAUAUACAACAAAUUCUAAAUGACCAUAGUUAAGCUUAAAUUUAGUAACACUCACACACACAUAUACACAUAAUUAUUAAAGUAAAGUAAACUGUCGUUGUAGAGGAUGAUGAGAAGUGUGCGCCAUUUUCUAACUACAAUAACAAGAGAUAAAUUACUCAAAUUUACUUCUUACCCAAUUUUAUUUUUGAUAAGUUUCCUUAUGAGUUUCCUUGAAUAUUUUACUUUUUUAUUGAGAGAGCAUUUCACGCAACUGCAAUUGAUUAUUGCCUUUGAAAACGGAGAAAUAAUUUUAAAACUUUAAUAAUUUUUUUCUUAAACACACACAAACACAACAAAUAAAUUAAUUUGAUAAGAAAGUGAAUUAUGAAAAUUCUAUAACGCCGCGUCUUUUUGCAUGCAAAAUUUUUGACUUUUCGCCCUGGAAAUUUCCACAUUUGGUGACUUAAAACCUUUGAACCCAAUUCAAAUUGCAAAUAUAUAAAUAUAAUUAAUUUUAACGAUUUGUUUAAUUCGAUAACUGUACUGAUUUUAUAUUGUUUUAAAUUUGUAAUUUAAUUUGUAAGUUUUUAUUGUUAAUGUGUUUUUUCUAUUGUAAACUAAAACUAAACUAAAUCUAUAAUCCAAUUGGCAAAUUGUUACACAAUCCGUUCAUGUUUACCGAUUUCGAUUCAAAAAUUGAGUGUGAAAUUUUUUACCAAAAUUUAGAAAACAUUUCUUUGGAAAACCAAAUUUUCCUGAAAGCCCACCCCGCCCUUAACCCAUACCUCCCAAAACUCCUAAUUGUGUUAAAUAUUGUAAUUUGUAAUUUUUGUUUUAAUUUUUCGGGAAAGCAAAAACGUUUGGCAAAAUUAGUUUUUAAUUUCAAUAUUUAGUUUUGUUUGUGCGCUUAAGUUUUCAAUAGUAUGUUAUAUAUAUUAAACUAUGAAUAUUAAUUUUUAGCAAAAUAUUUUUACGACCUAACAUAAAUCACUAAUGUUAAAUACUUAAAGAACUAAUUUGUUUAGCUGUUUAAUUGGUUUAAAAUCUUUGUGUAUUGUGAAGAGGAGCGCAAGCAAAAUUAUCUUUCUUCUAAUAACAAGAACAAUAACAAUAAUUGUAUACGUGUGUAAAUUUCAACCUUUUACAAAAGCAACACAAUAUUGAAUAUAAAUAAACAGAAAUAAAGUCGAGAGGAAUCAUGAAAGAAAGCAAAGUGGACAACAAAUUGCAAACUGCGCAUGGAAACUGAGCGAAAAAAAUGAAAAACUUUACAUGAAUUGUGAUGAUGCAAAGGCAAGAUUUAAUCAUAAUUACUAAAUCUAUAUAUACAAUAAAUAUAUAUCUUUCUCUAUAAAUAUAUAUAUUUGAUUAUAUAAUGUAUAUGUAGGCGUAGGAGUGUAUAAUCUAACUUUACUUUUAAACAGACUGCGUACGUAUUAAAAAUUUUUAAAAUUAAUUUGUGUAAAAUGUUUUAAGUUUUGAAAAAUUGGCAAAUAAAGAAAACAAUAAAAAUUAAUAAAUCAAAAACACGAUUGUAUUGUAAGUUGAAAUAUACACACUAUUUCGACCUAUUCCAAAUUAUUUUCCAAACCUUUUCAGCAAACAAAAUCGUUUCAUGUAUAUUUCAAGAAUCGGCUUAAUCAAGCGCACCUGUUUAUAAAGAAAAAUGAAGGACAGUGGCAGUGAAUGCAAGGAUCUGAUUCCUUUGGAAAGUUUUCAAGAUUGUUUCUUCUUGAUACACAAAAUAGAAAAAGCUAAAUACUUGAUAUGUAUGAAGACAAUAUCUGUUGCAGGCAUACAUACACACACGUUAGGAUUAACAUUGCGUAGUUCAUUUUUGUUUUACUUUAAAUUUAUAGUUUGUGUGUGUUUUCUUGCUCUUUUAAUUACAUAUAUAACCAAUUAUACAUGAUUGAUUUUAUACCCCUUUUAUAAACAACCCAAAUGAUAUACAUCACAAAACAUUUGCAUACAUACCACACGUAUGAAAGGGAUUCAUGCCGUGAACGUAACGUCGCCAAUUAUUACGAGAUAAAAACAAAUGGAAAUUAAAUAAUACAAAUAAACAAUCAGAGUUUAUCGUAGAGGAAGGCCGAAUGUGAGAAAAAUGGGAGAACAACUUUUACGUCUUAAUAAACAAUUAUUGUUAACGAAGAAAAUAAAUGAAAAGAAGCAUAUUGUACUAAAAUAUUUGAUAUACAUACAUUUGUUAUUAUUUGUAAUACGAAAAUUAAAUAAAAUUGCAUCCAGAUAAUGAAAUGAAAUAAAUAAAGAAUGCUGAGAUCGUCGUCUGCUCAAUUUUAGACUAAACAAA